GCAUUGCUCUAUACCAUCAUCUCAUGUGUAUGUCCACAGAGCCGGUACAAAAACGAGCAUUGCUCUAUAUCAUCUCAUGUGUAUGUCCACAGAGCCGGUACAAAGACGAGCCCAACAGUCGGGCGUCCUCCGGUCGGUCGUCCAGGGCAGGGAGUGAUUAUCCCGACGACACCAGGGAACAGAAGAAAAAGUUUCGGCCCCCUUGCCCUGGGAAAGUGGACACCACUCAGGUCGUCUUCUGCGAACCUUGCCACGCCCAGCGCUUCAGGAUUGUCCUGGACACCAUCCGCCUGGCCUUCUCCGACGACCAGGUCAGCUCCUGCCCGUCCUCGCAGCCCAACCCAGCCACCCCUCAUAACGGAUCCUCCCCCCUUUCACAAAGUCGGAGGAGCCCCAGACCGCUCACCCCGAGCUACCCUCUAAGCGCGCGUGACUCGAUGAACAGAUUCCAGCCCCAGACCCCGCCCACCGGCGCUCAGAUGGCCAAGUCUCCGCGCUACUCGGGCUACGGACAAGCCGUCGGUGGCAAUAAUAUGACGACUUUCUCCCCCAACAACCCCUAUGCAUUAAACCGGGCCCCUCCCGGAGACCAGCCCGGCAACGUUCAGGGUUCAAACUUCCAGCCUCCCAACUGGCAGGCGGCCGGCCAAGCCCCAGAUCCGUACGCAAGCCCCGGGGUUCCAACCCCGCAGUGCGGCGGCGUGUGUCCUCAGCAGCCCACGGCUUGUUCUACCGGCCUAGCCCCCCUUUGCCCUGAGGCGCCUGUCGGUUUUGCGGCCGCCAACUCCUCCCCCUAUCCUGCACAGCCGCUCCAAACACCCAUGGUUCCCCAACAGUCUCUUCAGACGUUGAUAGCUUCUCAACAAUCAUUCCAUACUCCCAUGGCACCCCCUCAGUAUCCAGCAGACAAGUUUCCAGCCCCAGCCCCUCAAGGAUUUGGCCCCGCCCCCUCGCCAGGUCAGGGGGCGUACCCAGCGGGCCCUCCGCCCGGAAUGACAGCUGAAAGCCCCGCCCCUUUCCCUCCGGCUUUUCCCGCGUACGGACCCCCUGACCCCUACGCCUACCACAGUCCCGGAGGUCCGCCUCCGCCAGCACAAGCUGGGGACAACCCCCGCGGCCAAGACCCCUACGCCUUAGGGAACGGGAACGACAAGGUUCUUUUCUGUGCGCCGGCGUGUCUGGUACAGCUGGACAAGAAGAAGAACUGGCGUGAGGUGUACCGCGGAUACCUGAAGGUGCUACAGCGAGCUGUGGGCGUGGGUUUCAGCCUACUGCUGGAGAGUCCUGACGGCGUCAUCUGCAGCCACCAUUUUAUCUCCCGGGACAUGACCUUUGAACCCUCCUGCAAAACGCAGUACGGCUUCUGCUUCUCCUCCGUGGCUCGAUGUGGCAGCACGGUGAAAGGAGACUUCCUGGUUUCCUUCCAAGGCCGCGAGCAGACAGACCAGUUCCGUCAGGUGGUCUCUGAGUGUCAGCGACUCCUCCGCCUCACCGCCCCCAACAACACAGGCCGGCCCGACGUCUGCAUGGGCUUUGGCAACAGCAGCAACUGCAACAGCAACAACUACAACAACAACAACAACAACAGCAACUUUGGCAAUAGCAACAAUUGCAACAAAUGA